UUGUGAACACGUGUGUUUUAGUUCCGGGGUUUGAUGGUUCCGGGUUGUAAUGUCGAGGACGUUGGCUUUCUAAAAAAUAACUACAAAAAUCCUUAUCACACAAGUAUCACAUCAUUUAACUUCGCUAUCUUGGUAUUACUAAUGUUUGUUGAGUUGACAAAACGUUAUGAUUUUCUGAGAUGUAAUGUACCUCCGUUCAUUUAUCCGUCACAGAUAGUUAUUCCGGAAGACAGAAACAGCGCGAAAGGUUUAUUUUUGAACACACGACUUUAUUCCACGUGGAUUUCACAGGAGUCUGGCAGAAUGAAGAAGAGUCUGGAAAAAGUUUACGAGGCUCAAAUCAAAGCAGUCCGAGAGGAGAUUGCAGCACUGCAAAGCCAACAGGACGAGAAUGAACGAGAGAUGGUUCUGAAGCUUGCAGGAGGACACAUGCAACAUGCUCUGUUGGUCAUGACAGGACAUCAGGAGAAGGAGACUGGGAAGAGUCAGAGAGACAUCACAGCUCACCUGAAGACUGAGAUAAUGGAGAUGGAGGAAGAUCUCAUCAGACAGACCAAGAUAAACGGAAUCGUUCUUGCCAACUGCUGUGUGAAGACUGUGGAGAAAAGCGACAAGAAGAUGGUGCAACAACACAGGCUGACGGGCCACUGUUCCUUCUUAGACUUCCAAGUGGAGUUUGAGCUCACUGAUGUUCAGGAGGAUGCUACCCUGGUGAGGACGAUCACUGACCUCAACAUCGUCAUGGACAGCACUGAGUUUAAGGACUUCAGUAAAUUUGUGUCUGGAGUGGAGGACAAGAGGGAUCUGCUGCUGUUUUUCAGCACCGUCAGGAGAUUCUCUGACAGAUGUGAAGACAGACGUAGAGCAUUCCAGCACUUCCAGGAGAAGUAUCCAUGUGUGGUCAGUCUACCCGGAGGCUGCAGGGCAGAGAUCAUGCAGAUCAAGUCACCCAAACUAGCCGGGUGUGCUUUGACUAUCUACUGGAGCAUUGAGGUGACCAGCGAGGGUAGUAUCACACCCAAGAUAGACCUCCUUACAAAGAUGCCUGAGAAGGUGCUCGAGAUGGACAGCAGGAAGGUGAUCGAGAAUGCCCCUGACUCCUUCCAGAGUCUUCUGAGGAUCCUUGGAGCGGAGGCUUCUAUUGACACCGUUAUACAGUCCGUGGCCGUUUAACACAUCUGUAACUGGGUCCCGUUCCGUUGGCAAAACGUUGAACAUUGCAGAUAGAAAUAGCAUGAAUAGAGUAGAAAUGAGUCCCUACUCUACCUGUCAGAGGCAUGUUUUGUUCUAUAUUUCUAUCUGAACGCGACCCUGGGUUGUGUUCCGUAGACACCAAACAGAAGAAAACAUUCAAUACUUGUCCAAUAACAAUAGCCUUUUUUCCAUUGCUGCUUUGUACGCCAAUGCGGACAAUCCUUGUCUGACAGGGUAACUUAAUUUGUAUAGAUUGUUGCAUUAUUUGAGAUUGGUUAUUGGAAUUGUAAAAAAUAUAUAUAUUUUCAAUAUGUCUCUUCCAUUUCUAUGUUUUGGAAAUGCCCUUGGAUCCAAAAAAAUACGUUUUUUUUCAAUUGCCCUCUGACUUUAAAGAAUAUUUCUCUCAAAACUAAAAACAAACAAAAAAAAUGAUCUGGAGACUUGGUCAAGAAUCCCCCAGAAUCCCCCAGAACCCACAUUCUCUGUCAUCAGUUUAUUAAAUAUAAACAAUUUUUUACUCUCAAACAUUUAUAAAUAUCUGUUAAUGCCAUCUGUAGGUAUACAUGUCAAUAUAGCAUUAGUUGAAGAUCUAGAAAAAUAAAAAGAAUUUAAAUACAAAAUGCUA